AUGAUUCAAUGUGAUUUAAGAUAUACCUUAUACCGUGGUAUAGUGACGGUGACGGUGACGAUGGUGUCGGCGGCGGUGACCGGACGCCGGCCGGUGCGCGGAGGCGUUGCCAACGUCCUAGCAGUGAGGUCCCCCCCGGGAGGAGAAAUAGUGUGGCGUAUCCGCCACAAUAGUUAGCGUUCAACGCGAUUGACGUGCGACGUUAUCACCUUAUCACUAUUUCGUAUUAUGAAAUGUCGAUACAGGCGGGCACGGCGGGGCGUCAUCGCGUCGAACAUUCUCGAAUUUUCGACAAUAUCGCCUGCGGACGAUCCUGCCGAAAAUAAUAUUAAAACCGUACGGGACGGCUAUUCUCAUGAAGUUGUCUGCGUACCCGGUAAUACGGACGAUCGGCCGAUAG